CAAUUCAAAUCAGAACUCCGUCUUUUCUCUCUCUCUCUCUCUCUCUCUCUCUCUCUCUCCCUCUCACACACAGGCACACACAUCUUUUGCAUCCUGUAAAUUUCCCAAAAGCCCUCUUUUCCAAUAUUAUUUAUCAAGUUAAAAUCCUUCUGUUAGAUCUCUUAUAGCUAUUCCCAUUAUUUUUUUCAAUUUUUAUUGAACACAUAGCAUUAAUCCCAAGGAAAUGAAAAGACGAUUCAAUUCUUUGAAUUCCGGGAAAAAUCUUCAUAAUUCCCCUCAAUUGCCUCUCAAAUUUUGAUAGUUUUGCGACUUCCCAAAAAAAAGAAAGAUUUUUAUGGUUUUGUGUGUAUAAGUUUUCUCUGCCUGUGUAUUUGCAGACAAGAAAGCUAUUUGAAUGAUACACAAUUGAAAUCAGAUAGUGAUUUGGGUUUUUCUUAAGAGGAAGAAAUAGAGAUUAGAAGGGAGUAAUGUCUGGUUCAAAAAUGGAGGGGUCAUCGGCUCCGGCGAUAAGGCGAGACCCAUAUGAGGUAUUGUCUGUGACAAGGGAUUCAUCUGAUCAGGAGAUUAAAAGUGCUUACAGAAAACUUGCUCUCAAGUAUCAUCCGGACAAGAAUGCUAACAAUCCUGAAGCUUCAGAAUUAUUCAAGGAGGUAGCAUACUCAUACAGUGUUCUAUCUGAUCCAGAAAAAAGGAGGCAAUAUGAUAUGGCAGGUUUUGAGGCUCUUGAUGCUGAAGGAACGGAUAUGGAAAUCGAUUUGUCCAAUCUUGGAACUGUCAACACAAUGUUUGCAGCAUUGUUUAGCAAGUUGGGUGUUCCCAUCAAAACGACUGUCUCUGCUAAUGUUCUUGAAGAAGCUUUGAAUGGAACUGUCACAAUUCGCCCUCUUCCAAUUGGGACAUCACUUAGCGGAAAGGUUGAAAAGCAAAGUGCCCAUUUUUUUGGUGUAACGAUUAGCAGUGAACAAGCGGAGGCAGGGCUUGUAGUUAGAGUUACUUCAGCAGCUCAAAGCAAAUUUAAGCUGCUCUAUUUUGAACAAGAUGCAAAUGGUGGUUAUGGCCUGGCUUUGCAGGAAGAUAGUGAGAAAACGGGUAAGGUGACGUCAGCAGGAAUGUAUUUCUUGCACUUUCAGGUGUAUAGAAUGGAUUCAACUGUAAAUGCGUUAGCGAUGGCUAAGGACCCUGAAGCUGCUUUCUUUAAGAAGCUGGAGGGACUUCAACCUUGUGAGGUCUCAGAACUUAAAGCUGGCACUCACAUAUUCGCUGUUUAUGGAGAUAAUUUCUUCAAGCCUGCUACUUAUACAAUUGAGGCUCUCUGUGCCAAGUCAUAUGAGGAUACUACUCUUAAGCUCAAGGAUAUUGAGGCUCAGAUUUUGAGGAAAAGAAAUGAGCUUCGGCAGUUUGAAGUAGAAUAUAGAAAGGCACUGGCACAUUUCCAGGAAGUGACCAACAGAUACAGCCAAGAGAAGCAGUCUGUCGAUGAGAUGCUGAAACAAAGAGACAGCAUCCACUCUUCGUUCACAGUUGCAAGGUCCAUUGCUAAUUUAAAUGGCAGUGGGAGUGGGCAUUUCAGUAACGGAAGUAGCAGUAAGGUCCUUGAUGAAGAUUAUAAAGCGGAUAGUCCAGGAGAAGAUGGCAGUUCAGAUUCCAAGGACAAAUCAUCAAAGAAAAGAUGGUUCACCCUUAACCUCAAAGGAUCUGAUAAAAAGAACUGAAAUGUUGGAUGGUUAUUUAUGUUCUCUACGUACUUCCUGCAGAGUUUCGAGUUAUAGAAUUGCUGUCAAGGCCACAAGUGCAUGUAUUGUGCUACUGGAAGAAGUCUCUUCAUAUAUUCUUUGCUCUAUUUAUUGGUUGGUCUUGUGCUUCGCCAAGUGCUUUAUCUCUCUGAGGCAUGUGAGGUUUGAAAUAUAGGUUCUAUUUGUGUUUGUAUGCAUUAUUCUUGUGCUGUACCAUAAUCUCAACUAGGCUUAUCUUCAGUUGUCAAUCCAUACAGAUUAUAGAAUUCAGAGGUAUUGUAAUUUCCGCCAACGAACACAUUCUAUUUUUCUUUUCUUUUUUGUCACAUGUGAAAUUGUAAUGUUUCAGUGGUGGGUAUAUCUUAUUCUUACAGAAAAAAUUGAAUGUUAUGGAAUUGGAUGUUGUGAUUC